UCCUUGAAAUAUCUGAAGUCCAUAUGGCUAUGUAUGAUGAAGAUAUCUUGAAAAAUCCCUUCUAUUUGGCCAUUCAGAAGCGGCGUCCUGAUCUAUGCAGUAAAGUUGCAGAACUCCAUGGUAUUGUGUUAGUUCCAUGCAAAGGAAGCCUUUCAAGCAACAGUCUUUCUACCUGCCAGUUUGAAUCUUAUGUUCUGAAGCCGCUAGAAGAAAAUUUUCAGACCUUAAAUGGAAAGGAGAUCUUCAUACAAGGAAACCUCAUCAUUUUAGGAACUGGUUUUAAUUAUCAUCUCUCAGUACCUGUUCUUUUUGAGGAAACAUUUUACAAUGAAAAAGAAGAAAGCUUUAGUAUUUUAUGCAUAGCUCAUCCAUUGGAAAAAACAGAAAGCUCAAGUGAAUCUACAGCUUCAUCAAACUCCUAUUCUCUUAAAAAUAUUGAAGAUGUUAGAGAAUUCUUGGGAAGGCACUGUGAGAGAUUUGAUAAAUAUAUAGGAUCUUUCUAUAGAACAUUUAAAGAACAUGAAAGGAAAAGCCUCCGCCACUACAUAGAUUCUGUUAAUGCACUUUAUACCAAAUGUCUGCAGCAUCUUUUGAGAGAUUCGCACUUGAAGAUGCUUGCAAAGCAAGAAGAGCAAAUGAAUCUGAUUAAACAAGCAGUUGAAAUGUAUAUCCACCAUGCUAUUUAUGAUCUAGUCUUUAAAUAUGUGGGGACUAUUGAGGCAAGUGAGGAUGCUGCUUUUAACAAAAUCACGAGGAGCCUUCAAGAUCUGCAGCAAAAAGACAUUGGAGUGAAGCCUGAGCUCAGUUUUAAUAUACCACGUGCAAAGCGAGAACUGGGUCAGUUGAACAAAUGUACUUCCCCUCAACAGAAGCUACUUUGUCUACGGAAAGUGGUACAAAUUAUUAUGCAAUCUCCUAGCCAAAGAGUUAACAUGGAAACCAUGUGUGCAGAUGAUCUUCUCUCUGUUUUGCUGUAUUUACUUGUAAAAACAGAAAUCCCAAACUGGAUGGCCAACUUGAGUUACAUAAAGAACUUCAGGCUUUGCAGUUCAGUGAAGGAUGAAUUGGGAUACUGUCUAACCUCAAUUGAGGCUGCAAUAGAAUACAUACGGCAAGGCAACCUCUCUGACAGAUCAACAGAAUCUGAGAGACUGUGUGACAAGCUGCUUUUAAAACAAAGGAUGAACUUGUUGUCCCAGAUGUCUGCUAGUCCAAUAGACUGCUUAUUUAAGCAUAUUGCUUCAGGUAAUCAGGAGGAAGUGGAGCGAUUACUAAGUCAAGGUGACAGUGAUAAGGACACUGUACAGAAAAUGUGUCAUCCACUCUGUUACUGUGACAAAUGUGAGAAGCUAGUUUCUGGGAAACUGAAUGAUCCUUCCAUUAUCACUCCAUUUUCCCGAGAUGACCGGGGAUAUACACCACUUCAUAUAGCUGCUAUUUGUGGGCAAACAUCGUUAGUGGAUUUACUAGUAGCCAAAGGAGCCAUUGUCAAUGCUACAGAUUACCAUGGUUCAACGCCACUUCACCUUGCCUGUCAGAAGGGGUAUCAAAACGUUACACUUCUUUUAUUGCACUAUAAGGCAAGUACCGAUGUUCAGGACAAUAAUGGAAAUACUCCACUUCAUUUAGCCUGCACUUAUGGUCAUGAGGAUUGCGUCAAAGCUUUGGUCUACUAUGAUGUGCAUUCCUGUAGACUAGAUAUUGGUAAUGAAAAGGGAGAUACUCCUCUCCAUAUAGCUGCUCGUUGGGGCUAUCAAGGGAUCAUAGAAGUGCUUUUGCAAAAUGGGGCAAAUCCAGAAAUUCAGAACCGAAUGAAAGAGACUUCCCUACAGUGUGCAUUAAAUUCCAAGAUUUUGUCAUUGAUGGAAUUAAACUAUCUAACAUUUGAAAGAGGACAGAGUGCUUCUGAGUCACCGCUUAGGUCUCCCCAGCGCUCAACAGAAACUUUCAGCAGAGGAUCAUCUGUCUCAAGCCUGUCAUCAACAUCAACUGAUACAAGGCAAGAAGAAGUAAAAAGUAGUUAUAAAGAGGUAAGACUGAG